AUGCCCUUACCUAAGUCAAAGGAAGAAUUGCGAAGGUUCCUUGGAAUGGUCAAUUUUUUCUCGAAGUUUAUUCCAGGUCAAUCGAGUAUUACUGACCCUCUACGGCAGUUGUUAAAGAAAGAUUCAGUUUGGGACUGGUCCCAUGAACACACUGGUGCAGUAGAGCAACUGAAACAGAUCCUCUCAAGUCAGCCUGUCCUGAAAUUUUUUGACUCAGCAAAGCCAGUCAAGUUGCAAGUUGAUGCUUCGAAAGGUGGCCUUGGAGCUUGCCUUCUACAAGACGGACAUCCUCGUUGCAUAUGCAUCCCGGUCACUGAGCUCUGCUGA